AUGGCUAAUGCCAGAGAAUGGGAAAGAGCGCACGCAACAGCAACAAAUCAGGAGAAGAAGGGAAAGAGAGUUGCCAAUCACCAAGCCGGGCAUCAACCAACAGUGGUUUUCGUUGAUGCAGCGUGGAGAAGUGACACUCAAGUCGCGGGAUUUGGGUGGAGCUUCACGGAUGGACAUCAAUUAACCCUAGAAGAGGGAAGCGGCGCAGAAGCCCCGGUUGUCUCUGCUUUAGCAGCGGAGGCAAUUGCAAUCAGAGAAGCACUGAUCCAAGCGAAGAUGAAGAAUUGGAACAGCCUCUGCCUCAAAUCUGACUCCCAAACGCUCGUGAGAGCUAUCCGAUCAAAUGACAAAAUUGCUGAGAUCCUUGGAGUCCUCUGCGACAUCAAGACCUUAGCAUCUACUUUUGUUUCGAUCUCCUUCGUGUUUACACCAAGAUCCGAAAAUUCUCGAGCCGAUGCAAUCGCAAAAUCAGCUCUCGCUUUGUUUGUAACGACGGAAGUUUGA